AAAAAGUGUUUUACAGAAGUCCAUAUAUGGUAUAAUUAUAUAUUGAGAUCUUAGCUUCUAGGUUUCAACCCAGCUUUUGUAUUUAGCUUCAUUAUAUGCAAGCUGCCUCAGACCUAGAAAUAUGUCUUCCACUACUGCCUCUGCCUCCUCUGUUUCAAGCACGUCAGACAAGCAGGCUUCAUCUGGGGUGUCAAACAACAACUGGAGCAUUGACAACUUUGAGAUAGGCCGCCCAUUGGGGAAGGGCAAAUUUGGUAACGUAUAUCUUGCCAGAGAAAAGAAGAGCAAGUAUAUUGUAGCUCUUAAGGUUCUUUUUAAAUCACAGCUGCAGAAGGCAAGUGUAGAACAUCAACUCCGAAGAGAAAUCGAGAUUCAAGCCCAUUUACGCCAUCAGCACAUUUUACGGCUCUAUGGAUAUUUUUAUGAUGAGACUCGCGUUUACCUCAUCCUGGAGUUUGCACCAAAAGGCGAGCUCUACAAAUACAUGCAAAAGCAGCCUAAUGGUCGCUUCAGUGAGAUGGAGAGCGCUAAAUACAUCAGACAAAUGUCCGAGGCACUCAAGUAUUGCCACAGUAAGAAGGUUAUCCACCGAGACAUCAAACCAGAGAAUAUUUUAUUGAACCUUAAAGGUGACCUUAAAAUCGCUGAUUUUGGAUGGUCGGUCCACGCACCUUCCUCCCGGCGGUCCACUCUAUGUGGCACGCUCGACUACCUGCCCCCUGAGAUGGUCGAGAAUAAACCUCACGACGAGAAGGUCGACCUGUGGUCCCUGGGCGUCUUGUGUUACGAGUUUCUCUGUGGCUCUCCUCCGUUCGAGACCGAGAGCAGCAGCGCCACGUACAAGCGCAUUACACGCGUGCAGUUCAGCUUCCCUCCACACGUCUCGCCUAAAGCCAGAGAUCUCAUCCUCAAGCUUCUGAAGUAUCAUCCUCACGAGCGGCUGCCCCUGGACGAGGUUCUCAAGCAUCCUUGGAUAGUCGAGCAGGCCGCUCUCGAGAAGGCAGGACUUGAGAAGGCCGAAGCUGGCAAUUAAAUGCGCUACUUAUUUAUCCUGGUCUCUUAAUUUUAGUUCAACAAGGGCGUUUGGGAUGAUUACCGCUCAAAUUACGGACAUGCUUCUUGAUUGAAUGUGUUAUGAUUUGCUAAGUGUUUAUUUUAAGCAGGUAUUCCUCAUAAUUUGUAUCUUUUAAUUGGAAUAUACGAAGCCAACUUGAUGUAUUCCCCAAGCAAGCUGAACGGGCGCAAAUUUUCUUGCUCUUACUAAAUAAUGAUCCUUUUAUAUAUUCGAAGUAAAUUUCAGAACUCCUGCUUGUUCACAAAAUGUUGUGCACAUUUCUGGUGAAAAAUUAAAUAUAAUAUUACUAGCUUAUUUUAACACUACUCCAUGAGAUUAAAUUUUGCCGUUGAAUGUCUUCAAACCUGAAAUAUGUUCCUAUGCUAUUGAAUUCCAUAGCUUAAUGUUGAACUCUAGUUGAUCAACACCAGUCAUUCAUUGGAUGUAUUCUAUAUAAAUCCAGUGAUGUGUUUAUACAGGUGUCCAUAGUUCAUGCGUGAUCAAGCACGUGGUAGCAAAAUUAAUCUUAAGAUCAUGUGAAGGGAAAUGUUUUAUUAAUGGGUUCUAAUUUUUAAUUAAGUUGAGACAAGCGCUGUAGAAACUUGUCCGAAUUAGGUUGUGGUGUCGUUUAAGCAGGUGCAUUACAAACGUGAGUCGCUACUUUAAAUAAUUGCUGUAGAUUGUAACGUUACUGUAAGUAAAUGUGCCGCGUGUUUAACAAGACGGUUCCUUCACUGCCAAGCUUCUGGACUACAAUAUUUGUUACAAUAAACUCUAAACUUGAA